GUGAACCAUGAAAGGAAAGCAUGCAUUUUGUUGAAAACUAACACAUUAGUUACAUUUCUCAAUUGACUCACUGGAGGAAAAUACAGCUGAGAAGGAAAAUCAACAUAUUUUACAUGAUGAGGCUAUGCACCGUUCAUUCUGAUCACUCAGCUCCUUCGACAGCAGAAGGAAAAUAAACAAGCAGCCGGCGUAUUCACUCAGAUCACCAUGGGUGACACACAGAAGGAUUUGUUGAGAGUGAAGCUUGAUCAGCUUCAAUGUCACUUUACGUGGGCCCCACAGAAAGAAACCAUUGACUUGUACGAUAUGAAACAAAGAUUAGAAGAUUCAAUACAACUUGAUGUGAAAUAUCAAGACAGGUCUUACAACCAACUAGCUUUUGUAAACUGUCUGCAAGGAAACUGUGAAGAGGCAAUUCAGAAUUUAAAGGAAGCUGAAAAGAUUCUGAAGGAGCAACAUCAAGAUGAGUUUGAGAAAAGAAUCAUUGUCACCUAUGGAAACAAUGCCUGGGUUUAUUAUCACAUGGAGCAACUGGAAGACGCUCAGUCCUACCUCGACAAGCUGGAGAUGGUCUGUAAACUAUUCCCUGAAGCAUCUCAGUUUACAGCAAUGAUACCCGAGGUUUAUGGGGAGAAGGGUUGGUCGCUGUUGAGCUCUGCUGCUCAAUAUUAUGAAGAAGCAAAGGAAUGUUUUAAAAAGGCCCUGGAGAAAGAUCCUAACAACAUUGAGUGGAACAUUGGCUAUGCCACUGUUCUGUCUCGUUUGGAAUGGUUUUCUGGGACCCCAGAGCAUCGUGGGCCCAUGGAAUCAGUGAAGUGGUUUGAACGUGUGCUGGAGCUUGAUCCCAAUGACUCUGUAUCCAUGGUGCUGUUGGCUCUCAAACUACAACGAAACGGAAAAAAUGUUGAAGCACUCACUUUAGUUGAACGAGCAUUGCAGAAGUCCCCUGAUCUCCCUUAUGUGCUCCGAUAUGCAGCUCAGUUUUACCGACUCUGCAACAACGUGGAUAAGGCUCUGGAGCUGUUGGAGAGAGGAUUAGAAAUUAGCCCACACUCUACCUUCAUACAUCAUAAAAUAGGUCAAUGUUACAGAACCAAAUUGGAUCGAAUGCUCAAUAAUCCACUCACUAAAGAUCCUUGCAAUCCGGCAUUUCAACAGAAAGCUGAGCUGAUCAAUAAAUGCAAGUACCAUUUUGAAAAGUCUUUCAAGAAAGAGUCAGUGACAUCUGUCAAGCCCAGCCUCGAUUUUGCAGCAAUUUGCUCAUUAAAUGAAGAAUAUGACAAAGCACAGGAAAUCUACAGCCAUCUCCUGACACUGGAAUGUAUUCGCCCAGAGAACAAGCAAGCGAUACGUUUAGCGGUAGGGUUAUUCCAAUUGAAUCGCAAGAAUUCAGAAUCAAAAGCCAUCCGACAUUUUCUGGAGGGAGUGAAAGUUAAUUACAACUCAGUGGAACGGAAAAAGUGCCGUGAAAACCUGGAGAAGUUAGCCGCAAGACAGCUUUGCAGGAAUCCAAGAGAGAGUGAGGCCCUUGGUGUUCGGGGAUUCCUGCACCAGCUCGAUGGGGAGAAGUAUGAAGCGAUUGAAUGCUUUAAAAAGGCUUUGGAGUUUGAUCCUGACAAUGACGAAUAUUUAAGUGCUCUUUGUGAGCUACGCCUUUCCAUUGAGGGCAGAAACAACUCUCCCUAUGAAAACUAAAUGAUAUGUUGAAAUACAUCGACUGCACUGAGUUAUAAACAGAUUUAGAGAGGCUCAUGUUCAUUAAUAGAGAAAUUUAGCGGGUCUGGCAACAUCGGUGAAGAGAAAAUAGAGUUCAUAUUUCGAGUCCAGUGAUCCUUUUAUCUUCAUGGGUGUUGCCAGACCUGCUAAGUUCCUCCAGCAGUUUCUGUUUUUGUUUGUUUCAGAUCUCCAAUAUCUGCACUUCUUUAUUUUACACUUUCAUUAAUCGACUUUUUGGCUUUCUUUAAGUGAGCAUUUUGCUCCUAUAUGUUUGAUUUUCUCAAUGGUCUGAAUGCAAUCAUCCUACGUGUAUUUAAUUCAGGAAUAUUGCCCACACUGUCAAACUAACAAAAUCAUAAUCAUUUCCGUAGUUAGAGAUUUUGAUUAGCUUGAAUUGGUAAAAAUGUAACGUUGGACAUAAGGGAUCAAAGUUCAGAUUCAUAGUAAUUCUUUUUGGAAUUAUAUGAACUUGUUUAAAACAAUAAUAAAUUAACAUCGGCCUGAUUUUAGCUCCAGAUGGGUUUGGUGAGGGCAUUUCAGAUCUAAAUAAUUUCUCUAGUUCCUGCCUUGGGUUCAUGACUCAGUUAAAUAUCACAUUCAGGUUCAGAGAAUGUCGGGGAUAAAGGAUAAAAGAAUGCAUUAAAAAGAAGAAAACAGUUAAAAUUGAAAGUGAAACUCCAAAUUGUGAUUGUAAUUGUCGAC